AUGAAUGACUCUUCUUCUCACUGCACAAAGCCAUUCGGGUCGAAACCGCUGGUUCAGUUUGCUCUCAUGGUCGACGCGGGAUCGACUGGUUCUCGCAUUCAUGUCUAUAAAUUUAACAAUUGUGGCCCCUCUCCUGCGUUGGAGGACGAGGUUUUUGUGCAGACCAUUCCAGGUUUGUCAGCUUAUGCCGACCAACCGGAAGAAGCUGCAAAGUCGCUUGAUGUCUUGAUGCAAGCUGCAGUUGAAAACGUACCUAUUCACCUGCGGCGAUGCAGCCCCAUUGCCGUCAAGGCAACCGCUGGUUUACGAUUGCUUGGAGAGGAGAAGAGUCAAAGCAUUUUGGAUGCUGUUCAGCAUCGAUUGAAGCAUCAUUACCCUUUCCCUAUCUAUAGGAAAGACGGCGUUGGCAUCAUGGAUGGUCGAGAUGAAGGUGUGUAUGCUUGGAUUACCGUUAAUCAUCUUUUGGGUAAUUUUGAACCCUUGGAACCUGAGACCACAGAGAGAACAACCGCAGCCAUUUUCGACCUAGGCGGUGGCUCAACUCAAAUUGUAUUUGAGCCAGACUUGCACGGAGCGAGUGAACCUCUUGCUGAUGGUGAACACAAGUACGAGUUAGAUUACGCCAAUGAUGUGUAUACCCUUUAUCAACACUCGUACCUUGGAUACGGUCUGAUGGAAGCUCGAAAGCAAAUCAAGUCUUAUCUCAUCAAGGAAGCAGCCAAUGAACGAGGCGAAGUAUUCCACGCAUGUUUGCCGAAAGACGUGCGUCUACCCUAUGUCACUGCCGAUGGGUCCAACUACACGUUGGUUGGACUUGGGUCAGGGCAUGAUGAAUGCCGAGAGAUCGUUCACAAGAUCCUCAACAAGAACAAAGAAUGCGUCAUCUCGCCUUGUUCUUUCGAUGGAAUAUACCAGCCGUCCCUCAUGGAAACAUUUGCCCAUCACCCCGUCUACAUAUUUUCAUACUUUUACGAUCGCACCAGACCACUUGGCUUGAGUGAAGUCUUCACUGUCGGAGACUUGCGCACGCUGACCGACGAUGUGUGUUCCGGCGAUUACCUCGCGCAAGUCACUGACCCGGAUUUGCGACAUGAAAUGUUGGAUCGACCCGAGUGGUGUAUGGAUUUGAGUUACAUCUACGGCUUGUUGCGGUAUGGCUAUGAAAUUCCGGAUGAACGUACAGUGCAUGUUGCGAAAAAGAUCAAAGGAGUGGAAACUGGCUGGUGUUUAGGAGCCUCCAUCGCUAUGCUCGAAGACGUAUCGUUUUGCGAGAUAGAUCCAUAG